AGCGCUAACAGCCAUGUUUGAUUCGAUUAUGCUGCUGUUCUGCCUGCGACAAGAAAUCUAGCCCCGGUGCUGAGCAAAGAGCGGUGUUUCGCGCAGUCCAGCCAGAGCUCAGGUUUUCUCGCGUCCGCCUCCAGCUGCAUUCGCCACAGCCACAGCCCAGCGCCAGGAGCCAACGAUGAAUCCCGAGUAUGACUAUUUAUUCAAGCUGCUGUUGAUCGGUGACUCUGGUGUGGGGAAGUCGUGUCUUCUCCUCCGGUUCGCGGACGACACAUACACAGAGAGCUAUAUCAGCACCAUCGGCGUGGACUUCAAGAUCAGGACCAUCGAGCUGGAUGGGAAGACCAUAAAACUCCAGAUCUGGGACACGGCCGGACAGGAACGCUUCCGCACCAUCACGUCCAGUUACUACAGAGGCGCCCACGGCAUCAUAGUCGUUUACGACGUGACAGACCAGGAAUCCUUCAACAACGUCAAGCAGUGGCUACAAGAGAUCGACCGCUAUGCCAGCGAGAAUGUCAACAAGCUGCUGGUGGGCAACAAGUGCGACCUGACAACGAAGAAGGUUGUGGAUUACACCACAGCCAAGGAGUUUGCUGACAAUCUGGGGAUCCCCUUCCUUGAGACCAGCGCUAAGAGCGCCACCAACGUUGAGCAAGCCUUCAUGACCAUGGCGGCUGAGAUCAAGAAGAGGAUGGGUCCCGGGGCCACCGCCGGCGCCUCGGAGAAGUCUAACGUCAAGAUCCAGAGCAAACCAGUCAACACCUCAUCUGGAGGCUGCUGCUGAGACCCUGAACCUGCCCAGAGCCACGACCAGUCUCCACGUUACCAUGCUCCACGGGGAGGACGAGGACUUUGAGCCGACCGGUUUGUAAUUGUGUGUGCAACACAGAUUCCCACCCACCCUUCCAAAGUCAGCAACAGGACGGAAAGACCACCCUCCUCGCAGAGCAGCCUGGGCCUUGCUUUGUUCCUACGCUUCCAUACACUCUACUGGAAAACAAACAUAUUAAAUUUUUAACGGCGUGAAUUCAACUAAUGAGAGAAACCUUUCUUGUGCAUCUGUUCUGUUUGACUGCUUUUGUCCUCUGACACUACCUUUACUCUUUAUUUGGCUGUGGAUGUGAGCAGCAGCAUUUUUGCCCCAGCCUCCUCAGAAUCAGCAGCUCUUCCCAUGAAGCACAUGCUUAAAUCAGCGUCACGCGUGUCACAACGGACAACGUGCUCUCUCGCUCACAUCUGGAAUGCAGUCACAAGGCGAGCGGCUUCCUGUCCAACCGUCAGGAAGCGCUGCCUUAACGUCACCCGCUCCGACUUCACAGUGUCGCCCUUAAAACCUUGUGCCAGUGCCUUCGAGGCAGGAGAUUACCACGAUGUUAUGCCUUUGGCGCUCGUGUUGUCGGCGUGUUCGUCUCCGUCGUCCGCAUGUGCUGCCAUAAGCAUGUGCUGCAUUGGAGCUGACGUCAGCAGUCACUGCUUCUCUGCCCACAGCACAACCCCGAUGGGAGAACGUCAAUCAGUCUGCGCCAGUGAUCGCUCAACUGUAUAUAUUUAUACAUAAAUGUAUGACGUGAAGCAAAUGACACGAUGAAUAGCUGCAAGUAGUGACCAGUGGCUGCAGACUUGACAUUUUUGUGGCAGAAUGUCUACUAUUAAAAUAAUGAAGGAGAUCUUUGAGAAGCGCUGGUGCCUGUGGUGUCCUUUCCUACUUUCUCGUUUUCUCUUCCCUGUCUUUGACCUGGUUUCCUUCUCAGGCCUGAACACAGAGCCCCUUGUUAUUAAACCUUUAAAAACCCUGAAAUGGCCUCAGACAAACGUGAGACAUCUGUGUCCACAGCAGAGUUGAUAUUUGGUUUAAUAUUGGUUCAACAGCAGAACAUGAACUGGUUCCAUCUGCUCCAGAGUGGAGGUUCUGUUUGUUUACUUUUAUAAAUGAGAAAUUAGUUUUUAUGUAAAUGAUUAAUCAACAAAUUCCUUCUGUCUAAUAUACAUCCAUAUAAUAAACAUGAGUGGAAGCGCA